UAGUAUUUUUUUCCAGGGACCUUUGCAAACGCAAUGGCGAGGAAGUUGCAAAUGUCAGCGAGCAAAGGGUAAUGUAGGUUUCUCAAAGUAAAUCAACAAGGUAAAAGCAAAACUCAAAGUCAGAGAUUGCUCUAAUUCUGUUUCAUUAUAAGGGCUGCACCUUUCGUGCACACACUAUGCAUGUGUUGCUUAGGUGCAGACUACAGUAGGAUAGAUCUAUGCAGCAAUCAAGGGACGCUUUAGUUCAUCUAAUCUAGAUCUUAGUUUGUUGGUAACAUAUUAAGACUUGUUUUCCCUCAUCAUGUUUUCUGCUUCGUUUAUGCGAGUUAUUCAAUGCAGCGAGAAGUUACAAGGCUCGCCAGGAAAGUGGUUACUUGCACCCCAUGGGAAGAUGUUUCUAAGGACUUGGCGGUGUUUUAGGUGGGGGCAGGAAUUUGCCCACAGAGAAUCUGUGUUGCGCCCUCGUAUGAUUUUCCAAGUUGCUAAACAAAAUAUCUGGACCCAGGAGGGGUCCCUGAGAGCUGGGAAUAAAAGCAAACAAGUGUCUGUGCAAAGAAGUCAAAAAGGAGGAGCACCCGUGUCGGCUGCUCAGAAAGUGAAAGAAGCUGGAAGGGAUUUUACCUACUUAAUAGUGGUGCUCAUUGGGAUUGGUGUUACAGGUGGUUUGUUCUAUGUGAUUUUUACAGAACUAUUCUCUUCCUCCAGUCCCAGUAAGAUUUAUGGCGAUGCCUUGGAGAAAUGCAGAUCUCACCCAGAGGUAAUAGGUGUUUUUGGUGAACCCAUUAAAGGUUAUGGUGAGCCAACGCGACGAGGAAGACGACAGCUUGUCAGUCACUUUGAGUAUGUAAAAAAUGGAUUGAAAUACAUGCGCUUGAAGUUCUACAUUGAGGGCUCAGAACGGGGAAAGCAAGGGACAGUCCAUGUGGAAGUGAAAGAGAAUCCUGAAAGCAGAAGAUAUGAGUACCGUUACAUAUUUGUGGACAUUGAGGCCUACCCUAGAAGAACCAUUGUAAUUGAAGAUAAUAGAUAGUAACUUGGUUCUUCCACUGUGACAGUUCUUGAAGAGUGCUGAAUAAUGCACAGUCAGUGUACAAAUGAAUGCCGAGUGAUGCAGCAUACAUCUACAAUUUCACAAUCUUACUCCCUUACUUACAUCCGUGGAAUCUCAUUGAAGGUACUGGGGUUGCACAGGUGUAACUGGGGCCAGUAGAGAGUUGGUCACUAUCAGUGUAUUUAUAAUGGAAGUAUAAUAGGAUUUGAAGUGAACCAAAUUUUAAAAUAGUGUCCUCCUUUAUCGCAAAAAGGCAUGAGAUAGGAAAGAAUAGUUAUACAAUGAAUUUAAUACUGGAUAGUAUUUCUACACAGAACCCCUAAUAUUGUCUUCCAACACUUCAAAGUUAUUUUUCUUUUGUUUAUAUUUCACAACAGCACUUCAAUAAAGAAUGACAUACAAAAUGUAGAAAAA